UUUCUCAAUCGCAAGAUGCUGUUGCGUGUGAUCAUUUCAGCACAGGACAUUAGAAAGCUCCGCUUGGACUCUGUUCCAGAUUCGGUUCACAGCCUGAAACUGGUGUUGAAAAACAAACUGCAGUUACGCUCUCCAUUUGACCUUCAAUAUGAAGAUGAGGAUUUCAAAGACUUCUGUAACCUCACGUGUGUUGACGAUCUACCAAAAGACAAGGUGACAUUGCAAGUCGUUUUCUGCCCUGUCUCUUCGGACUCAAGUUUGGACACUUUAGGCUCUGCUGUACCAUCAUCUCCGGCAGCAUCCUCUUCAGCUCAUUCAUCUCCGACGACGUCCUCUUCAUUGAGCAGCCAAACGGAGGGCUUUGCGGGUCAACGUUCACAGCACUGGCCAACUCAUUUUCCCAUUCCCACCUUCUCAUAUGAUGUUGAGCUCAGGCAGGGCAAUGGUGCUUUUAAAGAAAGUGGAGCACUUCUAUCCAUUUCAAAGGACAUGAAGUCUCAGAUUCUGCUCAAACUUGCUGAAACAAUAUAUUCAUUCAUGACCUACCCUACACUUGAACAUUAUGGAUGUGUAGCCAAGGCACUUGUUGAAAAACAUCCUUGCCUUACAGAACCUGGCUCCACAUCUGGAUGGUAUGGAUGGAAACACAGCAUAAAGUUCAAGAUGGGCAAUUACAGACAGAAAUUAAAAGCUGUGAGCUGCCGAGAAAUGGAGGUUAAUUCUGAGAAAAGAGGUGCUGGGGACACGCGAGGGAAGAGAAACAAAGUCAAGAAACCUAGACGGUCUGAAACAAAUUUUCUUCCAGAUCUCCCCCAGGGAAGAGACAGCAGAAGUCUUGAAGAAGAUAGAGAAAAGAUGGUCCAGGAGAUGAGAAAAACAACCCCAAACCUAGCCUACAUUGAUAAUGCAAUGAAUGCCACAUACGCACUGAGAAGACAGGAGAUCGUUGAAGAGGAGCCACCUGUGGCCGAAAUGAGUCAGAUGGCCUGCCCUUUUUACUGAAAGACGGAUCGUCAAGGAAUUCACCAGGCUCAUGUCAAUGGACAUCAACAAGUUCUAUGAGGGUCUUGACAGCCAUCUGCAUAAACUUCUUCAGUUAUUCCGGUUGAAGCGCUUUCAGGAAGUUCAAGAAAUGACAUCUAAUGGAGAGUCUCGACAAGGAUGCAUCAAACCAAAGGAAGAGAGCAGCAGCUUUGCAGGGACUGCCAUGGUACAUGAAGGAAAAUGCUUCUACAUUGAUGAAGAGAUGUGAGCUGAGAAGUACAAGCCCCGUGGCCAUCCAGGAACACCGACCUAUGGGAUCCCCAGCUCCAAUAAGCUCCACUUUCAGGCUGGAGAGACUCUCCACUACUCCUGCCUGACCAGCCACCAGCUGCUUGGUGAGCCCAUCCUCAACUGUGUCCCCGGACACCCAUCCCAGUGGAGUGGCCUGCCACCUUGAAACUUGAAAAAUAUAUUCUAAGUCAUCCAAUACAACCAUUAAUGAGUACAUACUGUACAACAUAAUUAUACACACAUGCAUGUAAAGUGUUGGAUAAUCUAAUACAUUUUUGGCUGAGAUCAGAUGAAUAAAAGUAUAAAUCGCCUUCUUAAACGGAGGUGAACUGAAACCUCAAUACUCCAGAUUGAAUGGUUUACGAAGCUUCUUAAACACUUCCAUAACAAAUCAACUACAUUUCAACAUUUAUAUUUACCUAUAAUUCCAAUUAUUUUGGCUUGUCGUUGCAACAAUUGUGCUGAUGCAAAAAAAAUCCAAAAUGUUUUAAGGUGAAAGCCUUUAAAAUUAGAGCGACAUUCCUUUCAUAUUGUUCCAUUGAUUGACAUUCAUGUCAUUAUGUGGUGCAGUAUAAUAUGAUGAUAAAAAAAUAAGAGCAUGUCUAAUCUGUUACGGCAUCAUUUAAAAUUGAUCAGAUUGCAGGUGUUAACUGUAAAAUGUAUGGACAAAUUAACAAGCAAGGCUGUUCUGUAGCUCUUGGCUGAUUGUCAGCUUUGGUCUGGACCGGAUGUGUUCCGAAGGAAUAUUUAUUCUUUAAGUCUACAGUGCCUUCCUCACCAGCUGUCCCCUUGCCUUGCUUGCUGCACUUCAUAGGGUCGACUUUUGAAACAGCCCAUUUAUUAGGGUCCUUGCUAGGACUAUUCG